UGAUGCCUUCACAGCAUUAACGCAAGCAUCAAGAGAUGCUCUGAAAUUCUGGCCACUUACUGAAAAAUAUCUUCCCAGAAACUGUAGUUUUUCUUGCAGUGUCUGGACUUUUCGCACUUUUAUAUAUAGGCCCACCAAAAUCAUUUGAGGCAUCUAAAGUUUCACUGAAAUAUGAGGGCUCUAUUGAUUUUGCUGGUGAUUGACAUACUCUCUCUGGCUUUAUCAUCACCAAAUGAUGCAUACCCAGCUGGGUAUGGUGAUGAAUUGGGUUCUUGUUCUUGUGUUGAAGAUGGUGCGGUGUUGAGGCCUGUGAGAAGAGAAGUUCAUGACAAUGGAAGAAUAUUUGAUAUUACACAUAAGUUCACUCCUAGCUCACCAGUUGGGGGAAACACUGAAGGAAUUGGAGAGUUUCUCUCUCUUUCCAUGAGCAUGAAAAAUGGCUCAGAUUAUAACUUCUCUCUCAUGAAGUUACCUGUUCAUGCUGGUACUCAUGUUGAUGCUCCAGGACACAUGUAUGAGCAUUACUUUGAUGCUGGAUUUGAUGUGGAUAGUCUCGAUUUGGAAGUUCUCAAUGGUCCUGCAUUGUUAGUUGAUGUUCCAAGGGACAAGAACAUAACAGCUGACGUUAUGAAGUUCUUAAAUAUUCCCAAGGGAGUGAAGCGUGUUCUUUUCAGAACAUUAAAUACUGACAGGGGCCUUAUGUAUAAAAAAGAGUUUGACUCAAGCUAUGUGGGAUUCAUGAAGGAUGGGGCAAAAUGGCUGGUGGAGAACACUAACAUCAAACUUGUUGGAAUUGAUUACUUAUCUGUGGCUGCGGAUGAUGAUUUGAUCUCUUCCCAUCUCGUCUUUCUAGAAGGCAGGGAAAUCAUUCUUGUGGAAGGGCUGAAACUUGAUGACAUCCAAGCAGGAAUAUACACUGUCCAUUGCUUACCUCUAAGGUUGGUUGGUGCUGAGGGAUCACCCAUAAGAUGCAUCCUCAUCAAGUGAUAUUGCCACUAAGUUGCGGGUCUUAGCGCAAUGGUAAUGUUGUUUCAUUGUGAACUGGAGAUCACGGAUUUGAGUCGCAGAAAUAGUUUCUGUUUACAGGGUAAGACUGUGUGCAUUUAAUCUUCUCUAGAGCAGCAAUGGCGGGAGUCUUGUACACUGAGUAUGCCUUUUUUUAGUGAUAUAUAUGUGAGCAGAAGUCACACUUUUGUUCUAAUUUUCUUGGCAGCAUAUUUGGAAUAAAAUUUCAAAACCAGACGUUCAUCUUAUGAUAUAUUUGUCAUGAGCUUCAUGUUUGCACUCGUGGCAUACUAUUUUGG